UUGCAAUUAUAAAUUAUGAGAACGGGAUUAAUGCCGAUAGUUCGGUUAAUAGUCCCACUAAUACCCUUCAUGCAGUAGCAAGUACUGACAGUCCUAGCGCUAAAGCUUGUACAACACUCAAUGCUUGCAGUAAAGCCAAGACUAUAUGUGGGUCUGCAUUUGUCCCCCCUACGUUGAACAGUUCGAGUCAUUAUUCAGCGUCGGACAAAUGCGAAUGUAGUAUAUUUUUUUAUAACAAUCUGACACAAUGUUUAACUUGUUAUAAAAACGCGAAAUAUAAUUAUGCCAUUGAUGAUAUGAACAAAUGGCAAUAUGAUUGCUCUGCUUUAGGUUUCGCAUUCACUAGUACAGCAAAUUCCUCAAAUUCAGAUAAUUCCAUCACCAUUAUGAUAUACUUAAUUAUGUGCGCAGCAGCAAUUGCUAUAUUUCUUGGGGUAUUCAUCAUGUGGUACCGAAAGAAACGUAAAAUCAGACAAGCCGAAGAAGAUGGAAAUAUUUAUGAUGAACCGAUGAAUCAUUCAGGAAAAAAAGAAUAUGGAGUUGUCCACCAGCCAACAUUCCAGCUUCAAAACAUUCAAAUGAAACAACGUGCAAAUGUGAUGGGUUCAAAUUGGAAUGAAUCGAAAAACACACUUGUAAACAGUUUGGGUUAUAUUGAAAAACAAUCAACGACUCGGGAAGUCAGUGCCUUCGAACAAACUGCAACUCAGAAAGUAGGUGCUUUCGAACAAACAGCAACUCAGGAAGUUAGUACCUUUAAGCAAACGGCAACUCAGGAAGUUA